AUGGUAUUAAAGGCCUCUAGUUCUGAGAAAAAAUUUGUUACUGAAGAAGUAAAUGUGACAGCCUUUGUACGUACGUAUGCAUUAAUGCAGUGUACUGCAGACUUACCUCAAAGUGAUUAUGAGAUUUGUCUACGUACAUCUGCGGCUCAAUAUCAGGCUUGCUGCAAUGGGGAUCAAGGAGGUAUUGUUCGCAUACCUACAUGUAUUUUUCUCUGGCAGAUGUAUCCAUUCUGUAAUGUUACUCCAGAAUCUCCGUCCCCGUCCCCUCCGAUUCCACCCCGUACUCCGUCACUGCCUCCUCCAAUGGCACCUGAUAUUUGCUUCUUUGAAGAAGGAAAAAGAAGCCAAUCACAAUGGAUAGUUAUCGGGGCAGUUGUAUCAGCAAUUCUGGUAAUCAUACUAUUUGGUUUCUUCUUUUGGCGUAUUUGGAGAAGAAAAAAUGAGGAGGAAGCAAGAAGACGAGCAAUUCAAUUACUUUUCUCCGAAGAUGACAGCGAGCAUAAUAUCUUAGGUGGAGAGAAGCAGGUAGAAUCUCCAGAUUUCCCUCUUUUCCCGUUAGGUCAAAUAUUAGAGGCUACACAAGAUUUCUCCAAUGAAUAUAAGCUUGGAGAAGGAGGAUUUGGUCCUGUGUACAAGGGUAUAUUAGCAGAUGGUAAGGAAAUUGCAGUCAAAAGGCUCUCAAGAAGAUCUGGGCAAGGACUAAAAGAGUUCAAGAAUGAAGUUAUUUUAAUUGCCAAAUUACAACAUAAAAACCUUGUAAGACUCUUGGGAUGCUGUUUAGAGGGGAAAGAAUUGCUGCUCAUCUACGAGUACAUGCCAAACAAGAGCCUUGAUAUGCACCUAUUUGAUUCAACAAGGAGUGUACAACUGGACUGGAAGAGGAGAGUAGCUAUCAUUAAUGGAAUCGCUCGAGGUCUUUUGUAUUUGCAUGAGGAUUCUCGACUCAAAAUCAUUCAUCGUGAUCUAAAGACUAGUAAUAUUUUAUUAGAUCAUGAGAUAAAUCCAAAAAUAUCAGAUUUUGGUAUGGCGAGAAUAUUUGGUGGAAAUCAAAGUGAAGCUAAUACCCUAAGAGUAGUUGGAACAUAUGGCUACAUGGCUCCAGAAUAUGCUAUGGACGGAAUAUUUUCAGUUAAAUCAGAUGUCUUCAGUUUCGGAGUUCUUCUACUAGAGAUUAUAAGUGGAAGAAAGAAUACCAGCUUUCAUCUUUCAGAAACUGGCCGCAGCCUCCUUGCUUAUGCGUGGAAACUAUGGUGUGAAGGAAAUGCAUUAGAGUUAAUGGAUCCCGUACUUGCGCAAGCAUAUGUUCCGGUUGAAGUAAUGAAAUUUAUCCAUAUAGGGUUGUUGUGCGUUCAGGAAGAUCCAACAUAUAGACCUACUAUGUCAUCUGUAGUUUUUAUGUUAGUAAGUGAUAAUGUAACACUUCCUAAGCCUAGCCAACCUGCAUUUUCUAUUGUUCGAGUUGCUCAGUCAAUUCAGUCCUCAUUAAAUGGUAAAAGUUGUUCUGUUAACGAGGUAACUUUUUCAAGUAUGACACCUCGUUAACAAUUUUUGACUGAUUAAGUAUUUUUUGUUGUU